UGUGAUCAUAAAUUUCAAAAAUAAGUGAACUUCCUGACGGAAAACACAUUUAACGUCAUCAUGGACUUGAAUUCCGAAGAAGAAGAAAUUAGAAAAUUAGAAGAAAAUUUAAAACGGAAAAAAGAAGAUAGACUAAGAAAACGUUUAAAAACGAUUAAUUCUUCGCACUUUGAAGAGAAUGUAUGUUCCUCAAAAAAGCCGACAGAUCUAAUACAAACAGAAGAUACUUCAAACAAACAAGCUUUUGCAUUUCGGAAUAAUCAGCAAACUAGAAAAAGUACCAAAGUAAAUACACACCAGAAGAAGCGGAUUCGUAAAGAAAAGGAUGGAAAAGGAAAUGAAGGUUUUUCGAAAGAGACUUUCGAAAAACGAGGAGGAACUACCGACAAGGGCAAAAAAUACGAAGAUUUGGUUACCGCUAACGUCGCACUACAAACGGUAAGCGACAGUAAAAUAAGAGAUUUCCGCAUUUCUUCGAACGAUAAAAAUUUUGGUGAUUUUGAUGACGUAGUCAUUGAAAUUAAGACAGACAGAGGAAUAAAAACAAAAGCAUUGCAAUUAAAACACAGUAACAAAAAAAGACAAUUAACUACAAAGCAGCUGGCAGGCAAAAAGGGAGACUUUAGUUUAAUCAAAUAUUUCAAAUCUGCUCAACAGGUUCAAGGCGAAGUGCAAGAAUUUAUAUUAUUCACCACAAAUACAUUUAAAACUUCAGAAGAAACGAAAUUUAAACUAGAAGGGGAAGAGUUUUAUGUGAAGGUCAGUAAAAAGACAGUUUCAGGAGAGGAUUUCGACGUUUUAAGAAUUUCUGAAAAUAUAAAUUAUUAUCAUACAUUUCACAUAGUAGAGGACGAAUGGACUAAACAAAAUCCUGAAAAAAUUCGGCAGUACCAAACAUACUUCGAGUGCUUUCGUCUUUACACAACCCAAGAACGUUUUGAAGCUCUUACAAAAUCAACAAUGAAUAAAUUUACUGACAUGUUUUGCUCUUACGAAGAAACUUUCAUGAAGUACGUCGAGGUCAUAUCAGAAUGGAGUAUGCGAGAUGGAAAAAAAGAAAAGCUAAGCAAAAGAAUGAUCCAACGUGUCAUCGCACUUCGUUUGCUUUCUUCUCAGAUUGAACCGUUUGUUUUUGGUUCAGUCACAGACGAAAUGAAAAUACUUCGAGCGGCUAUUUGUCUGUUCGACAUUACGUUGUUGGAAAAAAAAGGCAGCAACGCAGUUAAAAAUUUGUGGGGAGAUUUGAACCAAAACAUUGACCUCAAAGAACUAAACAAAGUUCGAUCACUAUAUUCUCUUUCUUCUAAUUACAUAAGUAGUGUCGAAAAUGUGGAUGCAAAUUUGUUGACACAAUUGUUAUGGCUGAUGGAGAAAUGUCCGCUCAUUGUGAAAGAACACGUCAAUAUGGAGAAAGCUAUUAAGCUCUGUCCAGAUGUAAAAUUUAUUAUACUCGGCGAGGGAAAAUAUGACGAAUGGAUGACAGAACACUCUGUGUUUCAAAACUUGUCCAACUUGGAACAAGAAAUCGAAUUGUAUGAAACAGUAUUGCGAAAACUCACCAUUUCUAUACAAGGCAAAGAACCACGUAAUUUGGUGACUGCUUUCGAAAAAAAUGAAGAAAUUUUCAAGCAUGUUACUGUGGAAAAACUUUUAGAGAUGACAAAUGGUCCAUACUAUAUAGAUGGAAAAAAGGAAGAUUUUCCCAAUCUUUAUAUCGAUAGAUAUUUGUCAGUCAAUAUUAUAAACACUGAAUAUUUAGAACAUGUUGAUCGAAAUACAGUUAUCAUUUUAAAUUGCGAAGGUAAUUCUCAGCAAUUGAAAAUAUCUAAAAAGCAUACUCUAACAGACAUCGAGGGUUUUUUAAGUAAUACAGACCCCAAAAUUUUUGAUAAUUCAAUUUUUAUAAGAAGUGAAAAAAAUUGCAGUGACUCUGAUUUUCAGAAAAUAUGUUCUAAAGGAGCAGCAUUCCACACUGUACACUAUUUUAAAUUUUCCAACGAUCAAAAUUUAGAAUGGAUUGAAAGCAAAGGAUCUGUUAAUGAACUGCGAAAAUAUAAAUUACCUAGUCGUUCCAAAAACGAAAACGAAAUUUGGUCUUCCGAAUUCAGCAACAACAUAAAUCUAAUAACAGCUGACCCAGGAAUGGGCAAAACCGAGUUAACGAAAAGUCUAAAAAACAACUGUUGUGCGAGAUAUUGGACCGUGAUUCUGAGCGCCCAAGAUGUUAUGUCUUUCUUUAAAAAUUCACCAAAGUCUGAAAAAUCAGCAGAAUUACAAUUCGAAACAUUUAUUUUAAACGAAAAAUAUCGAGACCUCGCUGGGUUGGAUCGAGAAUUCUUUACAAUGUGUUUAAAGCAACGAAAUGUGGUUUAUGUAUGGGACGCUCUUGAUGAAAUAUUUACUCAGUAUUUAAAGUGUACUUUAGAUUUCAUUCUUAUGUUAUCAGAAAAAGGUUUCAUUCAGUGGGCUACUGCAAGGCAACAUUUGAGAUCUUCUCUUGAAGAAAAAUUUGAUACCCUGUCAGUGGGUAUCAAUCAGCUCAGCGAAGUCGAGCAAGAGGACUACAUUAAGAAACGUCUUAACAAUUUUAUUAAGCCUGUAGAUAUGAAACUAGUCAUCGACAAAAUUAAAUCCACGUUUGCAUUUACAAAACAUAUAGAUAUAUUGGGAAUCCCUCUUCAAAUUUUUAUGCUUACAGACGUUUUACUUCAAAAUAAGGAAAAAUAUUCAGAGUUAUUACAUAAUAAAUUUCUCCUGACUGACAUGUAUCGUUACUUUAUUGAAGGAAUAUUUAAGUUUUUCUACGAAGGCAAAGUUCCUGUAAACAAUGAUUUUUGGCAAGAAAAAGUGAGGAAGGACAAGGAAGAAAAAUUGAAACAAUAUCAAAAGUUGGCGCUCAAAGUAAUAUUUCCUGAAAGUGUUUUGAAACAAUUAAAUAUAGAUUAUUCGCAAAAGAUAGAUUCUGUUUCUGAAGAUUUCGCAACUGUUGGUAUCGUGACUGGACUACAAAAUGGCAUCCCGCAAUUUGGACAUGCUUCGUUUGCCGAAUAUUUUGUUGCCUUGUAUUUUUCUAGAAAUUUUGAAAUGAUACACAGGGACAUAUUUUUUGAUGCGAAGUAUAAUAACGUACGUUUCUUCUUCGACAUGUUAACUGGCAAAAAUUCACCAAUCCACAUUGCGAUUCUGUAUAGAAAUUUUGAUCAGGUGGAGAACUUUGAGGACGAAAUAAUAAAACGUAAAGAUAAGUGUGGAAGAAGUGCCUUACAUCUCAUUUGUUCUUGGGGUCGAAGACAUAGACGUUUAAAAGUACAAACAAAAUUGAUGGGUUGUGUUAUCGAAGCAAACGAGGAAGUCAUGAAUGCGUCAUUAGAAACGAAGGAAUAUUCUAAAGCGUUAUUGUUUUUGUUAGAUAAAUGUGAAAUAUUAGAACAAGAUUUUUUACAUAAAAUCACACCCUUAGCAUGGGCACGGGAAUGUGAAAGUUUGGGAGCGGAACUGGAAUUAUUGCAACCAUGCAAAUUACAACUGAAAGAUUCGUAUAGUCCAACAGACAGAAUUAAUAUUUUAUUUUUUGCCGCUCUGUACGGAUACGCAGAAGCGUUUAAAAUAUUAUUUUCAUCUUCGAGUAUUUCUAAUAAUGAAGUAAAUUUUAGUGUAGAAUUCGAUGGUAGUACGCCUCUUAUAAUGGCUUCUCAAAAGGGGCAUGUAACAGUUGUAGAGUAUUUAGUCAAACGCAAAGCCAAAAUCAAUCGCGCUGAUAAAUAUGGUCGGACACCGCUUUACGCAGCUUCCUUUCAAGGUCACCAAGAAAUUGUCGAAUUCCUGGUGAAAUACCGGGCCGAAAUCAAUUGCGUUGAUAAAAGUGGUGAGACACCGCUUCACGCUGCUUCUUUUCAAGGUCACGAAAAAAUUGUCGAAUUCCUGGUAAAAUGCGGAGCCGAAAUCAGUCCCGCUGAUAAUGAUGGUCAGACACCGCUUCACGCAGCUUCCUCUCGAGGUCAUGAAAAAAUUGUCGAAUGCCUGGUGAAAUGCGAAGCCGAAAUCAAUCGUGCUGAUAAAUAUGGUCAGACACCGCUUUACGUAGCUUCCUCUCAAGCUUCCUCUCAAGGUCACGAAAAAAUUGUCGAAUGCCUGGUGAAAUACGGAGCCGAAAUCAAUCGCGCAUAUGUUUAUGGUUGGACACCGCUUUACGAAGCUUCCUCUCGAGGUCACGAAAAAAUUGUCGAAUGCCUGGUGAAAUGCGGAGCCGAAAUCAAUCGCGCUGAUAACGAUGGUCGGACACCGCUUUACGUGGCUCCCUCUCGAGGUCACGAAAAAAUUGUCGAAUGCCUGGUGAAAUGUGGAGCCGAAAUCAAUCGCGCUGAUAAUGAUGGUCAGACACCGCUUUACGCAGCUUCCUCUCAAGGUCACAGAAAAAUUGUCGAAUACUUAGUAAAAUGUGGAGCAAAACCUUGCGUUUAA